AUGUCCACCAACAGACCAUUCCUCUCCAACUUCCUGGCUGCGUUCCGCGCCCAGUCCACCUUUAAAGCCUCCCACCAACAAGCAACAGGCACCGCCUCCCUCUCCCCCUCAAAUCUCACACAGAGCGCUCGCGCAAUAGCCUCCAAAGCAGGCGCCGGCUCGAAUCCAUCUGGUUCGACCUCUGCGAAUCCAUCUACUCAUCACUCCAGCGGGAACCCCGUCCCACAGGGACCUGCAUCUGCAUCCACUGCAUCUUCAUCAGCCACAGUCUCUCAGCCUCAGCCUCAGCACCAUUCUCACCACUACCACACCUCUGCCUCCUACUCAGCGGAGACAUCCCCACCCCCGACACCAUCUUCUGCCACACCGAUUCCCAUCACUCGUGGAGCGGAUCGCCAGCGUCGCGGGAGUGAUAGUUCCAGCGGAUCAGGUGGGUUCCGUGAUGCGUUAGGGCCGGAGAAGUGGUAUAUCGGGGGGAAGACACCUGCGGGUGAAGAACGGUUUUAUCGGCUGGGGAUGGUGACGAACGGUGGGGGCCGGCUUGGGGGUGGGGGCAGAGUGGGGAGUAUUGAUCAGUUGAGUCUGUGA